GUUGAUGACUGCUAUAAGUAAACAAUGAACUCCCGAGAGAUGUAUAAAUUUAGAUAAGACCCCCAUGAAACACACAUGCACCACAACGCAGGCAAACACGGUCAUUAAAGAACAAUAACUACGAAGAUGGGGAAGGUGACUUGUUUCUGCAUCACAGCAGCUUUGCUCUGCUUUGUUGUCCAGGGUAAAAUCCUGGAAGAUCAUUCUCACAAUGAUGGUGAUCAUUCUAAUGGCCAAGGGCAUCAUCAAGAAUGUGAGCAUCACCAAGGCCAUGGACAUCACCAAGGUCAUGGGCAUCACCAAGGACGCGGGAAUCGCCAUGGUCAUGGUCAUGGUCAUGGUCAUCACGAGGGACGCGGGCAUCACCAUGGUCAUGGGCACCACCACGAUUGCAGUUUAGACGUACAACCUGCAAUUACCGAAUUUGGUUUCAGCUUGUAUAAACACAUUGCUGCACAGCCAGAUGCAAAAUCUAAAAACAUCAUCUUCUCUCCCCUGAGCAUCUCCACUGCCCUUGCUAUGCUGUCGUUGGGUGCAAAGGGCAAGACGCAUGAUGAGCUGUUCCGAGGUCUCGGUUUCAAUGAAACUCACAUCACUGAAGAAAAAGUGAAUGAAGCCUUUGAAAAAAUCCUCCAAAGUCUCAGUCGGAAGAAAGAUGUGGACCUGUCUGUUGGAAAUGCAGUGUUCAUCCGUGAGGGUUUUAAACCACUUCAAACUUUUCUGGAGGACAUUAAACAAUAUUACCACUCAGAAGGAUUCACUGUUGACUUUACCAACAAAACUGCAGCGCUGCAUUUGAUUAAUAAAUAUGUUGAAGAUAAAACUCAUGGCAAAAUCCCACAUUUCAUAGAUGACCUGAAUCAGGAUAUGGUAAUGUUCCUUGUCAGCUCCAUAUUUUUCAAAGGUAAAUGGGAAAUUCCCUUUGAUCCGAGGGACACAAGUCAAGAUAUCUUUCAUGUUGAUGAUAAUACAACUGUUCCAAUUCAGAUGAUGCAUAAAGAUGGCUCAUUUGAUGUUUAUCAUGACAAAGAGUCUUCCACUCAUGUCCUGAGACUUGGCUACAAAGGAGGAGUCUCAAUGAUUCUCCUCCUGCCUGAGAGAGAAGUUAAGGACUUGGAGGAGUCUUGGUGCAGAGAGCAUCUGAGGAAAUGGCACAGAUCAGCGAAAAAGCAACGAGUGUCAUUGAGUUUGCCCAAGUUUUCUCUUUCAACGUCCUAUUCACUGAAGGAUAUCUUGUCUGAAAUGGGAAUGAAGGACAUGUUUGAACGAAGUGCAGACCUUUCCGGAAUUUCAAAGGACAAUGUAUUUGUCUCAAAGGUUGAUCACAAGGCAACACUAGAUGUGGAUGAAGUAGGAACGUCUGCAACUGCAGGGACUGGUAUUCAAAUCCUGCUUGGAUCCAGCUUGUUUCCUCCACCCUUGACAUUGACAUUCAACCGUCCUUUCCAUUUUGUAAUCAGUAAUCAUGAAACCAGGAGCAUACUUUUCAUGGGGAAAAUUGUCAAUCCUACAGGAAAAUAGAGGACAGAAGCUGCUGAAGAUACCAUUUAACCGAAAACUAUGUGUAUUAACUCACCUGUCUCUUGUAAUACCAUGUAAACCGUUUCUGAUUGUGACAAGAUUUUCUACUUAGGUCAUAAGUAAAACAAAUCGGUUAUAUAUAUGAAAAAUCUUAAAACGAAACUAUUACCUGCAAAAAAGUGUCACUGUAUUACUAAAAGACAAAGUUUAAGUCAAUAAAAAUCCAGAUGGGAGAGCAA